UUUUCACUUCAUGUUUCCAGCAAAAUAUGUUUCUUAGAUAUCUUUUAAAAAUUGUUCAAAUUUCCGAAGACUGCCGAAAGUUAAAAACCGGAAGUAUUUACCAACAAUCAUCAACAAAGUUGACCCGUACUGAAGCUAGUUGAUGAGAAAGUUGUCGCUAAUGGAAGACGUGUCGUCGUAGGGAAGUUUUCCUAUUAUUUCCAUGUUCCAAGCGAAUCUUCACUCUGGGUACAUGUGGUUUAACUAGCCUAUCGAACGAUGGAAAUGCUAAAUAGUUGGUGGGGAGGGGGGAAAACUGAGAAGGAAACGAUCUCUGAAUCCAAAGCAGACGCUGAAACGGACAGCAAAAACGACAUGAAUGAUAUCGAAGCAGAAAACACAGAGAAAACGCAAAGUGGAGAUGCAGACAAGCCUGCGGUGAAACCUGAAUUGAACAUUACUGCGGAAGCUGCACUUACCUCAGCGAAGGAGUGGGGAAGUUACUUGUUCAAUGUUGCGAUGGAAGGAACAAAAAAAGUUACAGAAACUGCAGCUAAAACAGCAACAAUUAUUCAGAAAACUGUGGAAGAAAAGACUAUUGUGGGCGAUUUCAAGAAAGAGCAGGACAAGUUUGUGAAGGAGAAGCAUUCCAAGAGGGCGGAGGCAGCCGUUCCUCCGUGGGUGGGAUACAACGAAGAGGAGCAGAUGAAAGAACAGAUCCUGGCAUUGUCACAGGAUAAACGAAAUUUCCUCCGAAAUCCACCCGCGGGCGUCCAGUUCCAGUUUGACUUUGCCAGCAUGUUCCCUGUGGCCAUGGCAACGCUCCACGAGGAUGACAAACUCCAGAAGAUGCGAUUCGACCUCGUCCCGAAACAGAUCGUGGAGGAGAAUUUCUGGCGGAAUUACUUCUACCGAGUAUCCCUCAUCAAGCAGUCCUCCCAGCUGACCUCCCUCGCUGCAUCCUCAGGCAAUUCCAGCGACUCUGGCUCUGCCGACAGUGGAUCGAAUGGAAAGGCCGACGACACACCAUCAGAGAACGUCAAAGACAAGUCUGGUGCUUUGGACAUAUCGGUGGAGCCCUCGGCCACCUCGCCGACUGAAGACGAGGUGCCAGGCAGUCCGCCGGGGGCGGAAUUCAUCAGCGAUGCCUUUGUCUCGGAGAUCGAUCAAGCCGAAAUCCAGAAGGGGUUCGAGCAGCUGGGAAUGGACAAGAAGGAGGAGGAGAGUGAUGAUGAGGGAGAUAUUCCCGAGUGGGAGAAAGAACUGCAACAGGAGCUCCAGGACUAUGAGGUGGUCGAGGAGGACGACACAGGUGGCAAUGAGGAAUGGGAGCGAGAGAUCGACCAGAUGCUUGAGGAGGAGGGCGCACCAGACAGCAAGUAAACCCACUGACGGUUUAGGUAUUGUCUACAUUAGGUAUACAUUAGGUAUUGUCUGUCACACCACAAACUAACGUAUUGUGCCCGGACAUCGUGCCAAGGAUAUGUCCAUUUGUGGUGUGGCAAAUGUACACGGUAAGUCACUUCCGGGCGUGACUGAUGCUAAGCCAUGUUUACAUCUCAACUGCGUCAUCCUGGCAGUCUUCUGGUGACAGUUUGCUUCUUCCUCGAGGUAUUUUAAAGGAAAUGCCCAGCAUUGUGGGUAGGUUACCAUCACGUGCAUACACCGUCAGCAUGCGGAAACUGGAUCAUACACGCGCACAUGACUGGCCAACAUUGUCCGGGAAGAAAACCAGUCUAAUGCCGGAAUGGCAGUUUGACCAAUAGGGUUGGGGCAUAGAUCAUGAAUAUGUAUGAGGGUGAUGUUAAGUACUCACGCUUCUCUCUUACCAUUUCCCAUGCAGUUUUGUCCAGAUUAAAAUUUGUUACUGACCAAAAUGGCACUUACGAUGAUUUAUUUUUGUGUUUUGUCGAUUCUCCACCACAAGAACUUUAAACAUUAACCCUAACCCUCCCAAAUCCUCCAAAAUCCUUUUCUGCAAUGUGGAGGAACUUGGAGGAUUCAGGGU